GUGUCAAUUCCCAUCCGGCCAUCCGACAGCCAGUCCGCCAAUCGAUAGUGGGAGGAAGAAUACAUAUUUAUUACUUAUUACUAUAUUGUGGAAUUUGACCGAGUUCCGCUACUCUACUUUCUCCCACGGAAUAGAAUUUCUAGUAAAUUUUUAGGUAUUUAUUAUAUUCUGCCAUAAGCUACUCAACUCCACAACCAACUACUCGGAGAAAGGAGAAAGUCGAGCCGUUGAGCAGUUCGCAUCAUCAUCGCAUCAAAAAAGUCAGUCAGUAGUGUGACAGGUCUGGACAUUGAAGCACGCGUGGAAAAAUGGACAUAACGAACGAAAUGCUGAACGAUGCCACUCUAAAUGAGGAAGAAGGAGAAGGAGCUGAUAUUACCAUCAAAUCUCGUGGGGAUGCCGAUCAAGGGAAUAAUAACAACAACAAUAACAAGCGUCCCAUCCAACAAACGCUCGGAAUCAUUAAACCCGACGCGAUUGACAAGUCGGAUGAAAUCAUCAAUGUCCUGCGACGAGAAGGUCUUGCUAUUUUGCAGACCCGACGCGUCCAACUAACCCCCGAACAAGCCGCAUCAUUCUAUCAAGACAUGUACGAAACGGAGUGGUUUGGAGGUUCUGUCACCAAUCUGAGUUCCGGACCGUUACUCGCCCUCAUCCUGUGCGGUCCGAAUGCAGUCCGCCACUGGUUAGAGAUGAUCGGACCAUCCACCUGGAAGGAGAGGUCGGCACAGCCAAACUGCCUCCGGAACCAGUACGGGGAACAGGGCUGCGACAGCAACAAUGCGUUGCAUGGAUCCGAAAAUGAGACCGAGGCGCUCAGAGAACUUCACUUUUUCUUUCCGGAAGUGAUUGUGGAACCAAUUUUUGGCGACAAUUUGGCAUCCCUUUACCUGAAUCAGAACGUUCAUCCAGUUCUAACCGUGGGUUUGUCCAAAUUGGUGAGGGAACGACCAGAGGAUCCCGUCAUGUGGCUCUCAGAUUGGCUUUUGGCAAACAACCCAAACAAACCGAAGGAGUUGAACACUGGGGCAGAUGUCUGUUCUUAAAAUGUGUGCAUAUAAUCUCGAUGGACAAUCUUGUGGGUGGAUGAUGAUGAUAAUGAUACACAUGUCUCGACAGACUUACACGCAUAAAAAAUUGCAUUGUUAUUUUUGAUCACUGUUCUUGCAAGCUUCAUACAAACAUGAAAUCUCUGUAGUAGUAUUUAGAUGACAUAAUGAUAAUGAAUCAGCAAUUGUGAACACUGUGAAAAAAUUUGGAACAAGAAUAAAUAAUUUAUUUCAUAUAAUCUUUUCGUCGAAUUUUGUUCAAAUCGUAAUAAUUUUAGUUUGUAGUAUCACAAAAUAAUUUGAGU